UUUGGUUUUUCGAGACAGGGUUUCUCUGUGUAGCUUUGCGCCUUUCCUGGAACUCACUUGGUAGCCCAGGCCGGCCUCGAACUCACAGAGAUCCGCCUGGCUCUGCCUCCCGAGUGCUGGGAUUAAAGGCGUGCGCCACCACUGCCCGGCCUCAUGGGUCUUUAUAUUCUUUAAUUUCAGAACACAGGAAAUUACAAAGAAAUUGGAAAGAUCUAAAAACUUGUUUUCAUCAUAUGAAUCCUGUAACUUAUGUCGUGGUGUAAAGCUUCAUAUGUAAACAUUUUCACCUUUUCACUUCGGACAGAUUUUGUAGAGAUGGAGCUGUAGCUCAGUGGCAAAGCCAGCACAAAGUUUGUUUGUACUCAAGUCCUUUCCCUGAGAAUUGACAUUUCUCACUUUAUUCUGACUUUCUGCUUGCUUGGCAUGUACUCUACCAUUAUGCCACAUGCCUAGCACAGUUACUCUAAUAUUUAUUGUUACUCUACCCACCUCCUUUUUAAGACAGGGUCAUAUUUUUUGACUCAGGCUGACAAACCUGAAGCAGUUCCCCUGCUUCAGCCUUCCUUGGCUGAGAUUACAGGCGAGUCACACCACGUGUAGCUUGCUGGUUUUUUGUUUGAAAGAGCAUCUGGCUGAGUAUCUCUUGCUAGCUCUAGAGUGUGGUAUUAUAGGUGUGGGCCACUAUGUUCGUUUAAGAAUUAGAAAGCUAAUAAGACUAAGCUAGGCAAAUGGUCUUCCUACAAACAGGUUAGGUCGAACUAGUUUUGGAGCCUGUGCAGGCAAAAUUGGUGAUCCUGACUGGACUGUAAACAAAUACUAUUUUCGUCCUGCCCCCUCGUACCCGACAUUGUGUGGUCACAUUUAAAACUAUUUCGUUUUUUAUUUGAGACUAACCCUGUAUAACCUGGGCUGGCCUUGAACUCGCUAUUUUCUUGCAUACGCCUUCCAAAUUCUACGUUUACAAUACACACCACCACACCUGGCUUUCCUUCCCGCCAGCCCCCCAGGACCAAUUCUAACAACAGUUGCUAGCUUCUAAGCUCGAAUACUAAGGGUACCACAGUCUAGCGUUUACAGAGCACUUUGUAGAGCUCAGUUUGAGCCUCACAAGCCCUUCCUAGCAGGAGCGCCGGGGUCACGAGCUGGUCGGUUUAUGUAGUUAACGGUGCAGCCAGCCUUGCAGGCUCAGAGCAGCAAGGAACCCAGUGCUUGCCCUGGUCCAACUGACGCUCGGUCUGGAUGGAGGCUUCGGCGCCUCUCUGGAGCAACGUGAGGCGUCUAGCGGGGCACACACCCGAUGCCAUUCCACUCUGGGACUCACAGAUCAAUUCUCACCAAGGAGGUCGUCAAUACCAAAUCCGGUCUGCGGGUCUCUCACAUCAGAACUCCAGCCUGGCCCGGCAGGCUCAGUGCUAGGAGGAGGAGCCCCUUCCGGGUCAGUCGGCUGAAGUUGCUAUCAGCCGGGGAUAGGACAACGCGCGCCGGCCCGCUUUACGGCAAAGGUGUGCGCGUUUGCGACAGCAUGACGCAAGUAAGUUUUGGCGGGAAAAGCUCUGCAUUUGGAUUCCUGUGGCAGCGGGCAAAGGACUGCUUGGUGAGAGGAGCGUCCCGAACGGUGGGACAGGACUCCAGCGAGGGACUCAGAGGUCUUGAUUAGUGCGGACGGGCACGCCGCUGCGCUUGGAGUCAUGGCAGUGCCUUUUGUGGAAGACUGGGACUUGGUGCAAACUCUGGGAGAAGGUGCCUAUGGAGAAGUUCAACUUGCUGUGAAUAGAAUAACUGAAGAAGCUGUUGCCGUGAAAAUUGUAGACAUGAAGCGGGCCAUAGACUGUCCAGAAAAUAUUAAGAAAGAGAUCUGCAUCAAUAAAAUGUUAAAUCAUGAGAAUGUAGUGAAAUUCUAUGGCCACCGGAGGGAAGGCAAUAUCCAGUAUCUAUUUCUGGAGUACUGCAGUGGAGGAGAGCUUUUUGACAGAAUAGAGCCAGACAUAGGCAUGCCUGAACAAGAUGCUCAGAGGUUCUUCCAUCAACUCAUGGCAGGAGUGGUUUAUCUGCAUGGAAUUGGAAUAACUCACAGGGAUAUUAAACCAGAAAACCUCCUCUUGGAUGAAAGGGAUAACCUCAAAAUCUCUGACUUUGGCUUGGCGACAGUGUUUCGGCAUAAUAAUCGUGAACGCUUACUAAACAAGAUGUGUGGUACUUUACCUUAUGUUGCUCCAGAGCUUCUCAAGAGAAAAGAAUUUCAUGCAGAACCAGUUGAUGUUUGGUCCUGUGGAAUAGUACUUACUGCAAUGUUGGCUGGAGAGUUGCCGUGGGACCAGCCCAGUGACAGCUGUCAGGAAUAUUCUGAUUGGAAAGAAAAAAAAACCUAUCUCAAUCCUUGGAAAAAAAUUGAUUCUGCUCCUCUGGCUUUGCUUCAUAAAAUUCUAGUUGAGAAUCCAUCAGCAAGGAUUACCAUCCCAGACAUUAAAAAGGAUAGAUGGUACAACAAACCAUUUAACCGAGGUGCAAAGAGGCCUCGAGCCACUUCAGGUGGUAUGUCAGAGUCUUCUAGUGGAUUCUCUAAGCACAUUCAUUCCAAUUUGGACUUUUCUCCAGUAAAUAGUGCUUCCAGUGAAGAAAAUGUGAAGUUCUCUAGUUCCCAGCCAGAGCCACGGACAGGGCUUUCCUUGUGGGACACUGGUUCCUCCUACGUUGACAAACUGGUACAAGGCAUCAGCUUUUCACAGCCUACGUGUCCUGAUCACAUGCUUGUAAACAGUCAGUUACUUGGUACCCCUGGAUCCUCACAGAACCCCUGGCAGCGCUUGGUCAAAAGAAUGACACGCUUCUUCACCAAACUGGAUGCAGACAAAUCUUACCAGUGCCUGAAAGAGACCUUCGAGAAGUUGGGCUAUCAGUGGAAAAAGAGUUGUAUGAACCAGGUCACUGUAUCAACAACUGAUAGAAGAAACAAUAAGUUGAUUUUCAAAAUAAAUUUGGUAGAAAUGGAUGAGAAGAUACUGGUUGACUUCCGGCUUUCUAAGGGCGAUGGAUUAGAGUUCAAGAGACACUUCCUGAAGAUUAAAGGGAAGCUCAGUGAUGUUGUGAGCAGCCAGAAGGUUUGGUUUCCUGUUACAUGAUGAAGCUGUCAGCUCUGGAGAUUCCUGGUGACUAUAGUGCUGCUAUGUUGACAUUAUUCUUCCUAGAGAAGAUUAUCCUGUUCUGCAAACUGCAAACAAUAGUUUUUGAAGAGUUCUCUUCCUAUUAUCCAAACAUCUUCCAAUUCUGAGUAUGUUUUGCAUACAAAUAAUACUGUAUUUUAAUUGUAUGUAAUACUUUGGGGAAAGGAUGGAUCAAAUUCAUUAGGUAUUUCUCCAGCUGUGUUUAAAUGGUCUGAAUUUGAAACCUAUCUGGUAGAAACCAACUUUUGGGAUACAUGAGUUUGCAAGCUUUUAUACCAAUGUAGUAUGACUUCUGGGAAAAAAAAAAGAAAAUGAGAACAUUUUGCUUCGUUCUAAGAAAACAUGUUUCUUCUCUGCUAUUUAAUUGUAAGGAUGAAUAAACAAAGACCAUGUACAGCUGAUUGAUCCAUGAAGCGAGCCUGCUACAAAGAGUGUAUCCCAAGAUAUGUGCUGUAUUUUCACUUUGGGUGUGUGCGCUGCACAAGGGCUUGACCAGUUCUAGAAAACUGUUGUUGAGUUAUGAUUAAAAUUACAAGCUUUUUUUCCCCCCUGGUGUAGCUAGUCAAGUAUAAAGCACUGGUUGGUCUUUGAAGAAGUUAAACAUAAGCUCUGGUGCUUAUCUUACUUUAAAUUACACACUUGAAUAACUUUUUGUACAUUCACAGUCAUAUUUUAACUCUAGAAAUAAAUUCUAUUUUUAAAAUCAA